AUGCAACAAAACCCUGUCAUCCAGGUGCCAGUCUACUUGACAGAGUCUGGUUUUCUCCCAGAUCCAAACGAUGGCAGUUUAUACAUCCUGGGAGGAAAACACAAAGAAGGGCUGGUUAAACUCCCCUUCACCAUUCCAGAGCUGGUGCAGUCGGCUCCUUGCAGAAGUUCGGAUGGAAUUUUAUAUACAGGUAAAAAGCUGGACAUGUGGUUUGUGGUAGACCCAGAGACUGGUGAAAAGCAAACCAGUCUAACCACCGGCUCCUCAGAGUCCAUCUGCCCCAACUCCCCUCUACUCUACAUAGGCCGCACAGAGUAUAUGGUGACCAUGUUUGACACCAAGACCCAGGAGCUGCGGUGGAACGCUACCUACAACGACUACUCUGCCCCUGCCUAUGACGAGAAACAGGACUACAAAAUGGCCCAUCUUGUAUCCAGCGGUGAUGGACUUGUAGUGACAGUGGACAGAGAGACGGGUGACGUGCUGUGGAGUCAGAACUAUGGCUCGCCUGUAGUGGGCGUGUACCUGUAUUCCGGAGACUCUCUUAGACACGCCCCUCACCUGUCCCUCGCCAUGGAAACUCUGCGCUUCCUCACCUUCUCCUCUGCGAGUGAGCGAGCCGACCCCUACUCCAGCCUCAAGUGGAGCUACCAGUUUGUGAAGGAGCAGGCCACUGCACAGACUCAGCUGGUGCAUACUCUUUACGUUGGAAAGAUGGACUCUCACCUCUAUGCCUCAACUUCUCUUGUCCAUCAUGGAGUUUCAUUAGUGCCUCGUGGAGUGACCCUGGCGCGUAUAGAAGGGCCUCUGACAGAAGAGGUCACAGUGAGAGAGAGGGGGGAGUGUGAGAUCACCCCCUCCACAGAUGUGCGCUACCCCCCCGGGAGCACCACCAACCUCAAGAACCAGUGGCUGCUCAUAGGUCACCACGAGCUGCCUCCUUUGGCUCACACCACUAUGCUUAGGGACUUCCCUGGGGGUCUGCAGCGGUUUGGAGAGGCUGUGAUCCCCCCUCAAAAGCCCUCCCCUGCCUCUCCCUCCUCCUACUAUGACCAGCGCUAUUUUGAGAGCUCAGCCGGUAGCUCCAGAGACCCCAUCUCACAGAGGGGAGCGGGUCAGGCAGAGAGCCGAGAGAAGGCCCCACCUCGAUUGACCGUGCUGCCUGUGUUCAUGACUCAGGACCACCUCACCCUGGCAGUGCUCACCCUGCUGCUGGGAGGGUGGCUGGCCUUUGCCUUCUCCUACCCCCUUCGUGCAGCGCUGCACUUAAAGACUCAGAGACAGUUGGAGCAGGCCUGGGAGUCCCGCCUCCAGAGGAUCCAGAGCACCAUCCACACGGUCCCUCUAGACUCAUCCCACUCCAACGUCACCCAGGAGACCAGCCACUCCACGGACUCUCCUGGGGUUUGUCCAGAGCCUGUCUCCAGCUCUCAAAGCCGUUGUAGCUCCACAUCAGAGAUGGACACAAACAACACCAACCACAGACCUACUGCCAACAAUCACUCCAACCACAGUCACCACAGCAACCACUCAAACCACCUUAAUAGUAAUAAUAAUGGGGGUGAAAAUGAGGAGGUCCACGUGGGAAAGAUUUCAUUCAGAUCAUCAGAUGUCCUGGGACAUGGGACAGCAGGGACAUUUGUCUUCAGGGGUCGGUUUGAUGGGAGGCACGUGGCCGUGAAGAGGAUCCUGCCUGAGUGUCUGGAGGUGGCAGAGAGAGAGGUGCAGCUGCUCAGGGAGUCAGACACACACCCAAACGUCAUCCGAUACUUCUGCACUGAGAGGGACCGCCUCUUCACCUACAUCGCCAUAGAGUUGUGCGCUGCCACACUGCAGCAGUAUGUAGAAAAACCCAUCAGCUUUUCCGAUCUAAGUCCCAUCUGCUUACUGGAACAAACCAUGUGUGGUCUGUCACACCUUCACUCCCUAAAUAUAGUUCACCGGGAUCUGAAGCCCAGAAACAUCCUGCUCUCUGGCCCCAGCGCGGUGGGCCGGGUGCGGGCUCUCAUCUCGGACUUUGGCCUCUGUAAGAAGAUCCAAGAUGGCCGCUGCAGCUUCUCCCUCCGCUCCGGGAUACCAGGGACUGAAGGCUGGAUCGCACCAGAGGUUCUAAGGGAAACGCCAGGGAAUAAACCAACAGCAGCAGUGGACGUGUUCUCGGCGGGCUGUGUCUUCUACUACCUGGUCAGUGGGGGGCAGCACCCAUUUGGAGAUGCUCUGCGGAGGCAGGUCAACAUCCUGUCUGGAGAAUAUGCCCUCGUUCACUUCAAAGAGGAAAUGAAUCAGGACGUGAUCGCGCGGGACCUGAUCGAGCAGAUGAUCAGCCCUGACCCAGAAGCACGGCCCUCCACAGCCUGUGUGCUCAAGCACCCGUUCUUCUGGACACCUGAGAAACAGUUGCUCUUCUUCCAGGAUGUUAGUGACCGUAUAGAGAAGGAGCCCUCCGACAGCCCCAUAGUGGUUAGACUGGAGACUGCAAGCCGAUCUGUGGUCCGGACCAACUGGAGGAUGCACAUCUCAGUGCCUCUGCAGACAGACCUGAGACGCUUCAGAACUUAUAAAGGAAACUCAGUGAGAGACCUGCUCAGAGCCAUGAGGAAUAAGAAACACCAUUACCACGAACUGCCGCAGGAGGUUCAGGAGACUCUCGGUGAGCUCCCAGAAGGCUUUGUGUCCUACUUCACCAGCCGCUUCCCACGCUUACUCAUGCACACUCACACUGCCCUGGCCGUGUGCGCCCACGAGAGGCUCUUCCAGCCCUACUAUUUGAGCCCUACCACCUGAACCCUAUCCUCUGAGCCCUAUGCCCUGUACCCUACUCCCUGUGCCUUAUUACCCUUGCUCAGUGACCUGAACCCUACCUACUAUGCACUACUACCCUACCCACUGCUACCCUGCACUGUGAACCCUACUUCCUGUACCCUAUUCCCUGUCCCUGUACCCUACUCCCUGUACCCUAGCUCCUCUGAGAAAAAGACUGCAGAAUUCUAAUGCACACAUGCACACGCACACACAGGUCCGCAUAAAUACAAGGGUCAUUCAUAUGCAGUACAGUGUAAACCAUUGCAUUUAUUAUAUUCACUGGAUUAUACACAAUAGUCCACAAUAGUGAUAACGCAGUAUGAGAUACAGUACUUUAAAUUUCAUGUAUUAAUCUUGAGUUGACUAUUUUUCCCAGUUACUUUCAGGUAACACUUAGUAGUACCAGUAGCAACUAUACUAUUCACAGCCUUAAGCUUAAGGUGUAAAACAAAUAGCUUUCAGCAUUGAUGUAUACAUUAUUGUUUCUGAAGUUUUGCAUCAAAGUCUUACAUAUGGUUCUUUUCAUAGUUAUCUUUACUUUGACUUGACUUAGCAGACACCCCAAAUCCAAUUGCUGAUAUCAAUAUUGGGACUAAAAAUCUUUGAUUGGUGCAUCCCUAAAUAUAUAAUUUCAGUAGAACUUAAAAGACUGAAGACUGCAACUUUGUUAAAAGCUGGUUCUAUAACCUUGCACACCCACAUUGUGAAAUCUAAACUAGUCAAACUUAGAUUCUUAUUUGGAAUUCAUGUAUUUUUAAUCAAGUAUUUUCAGUAUCUAUAUGAAAUCAAACUAUAUGAAAUCAGAUUUUCAUAUAGUUUGAUAUGCAAUUACAAUGUUUAAUCAAGAGUUAUUCCGUUAUCACUAGUAGUCGUAUGUUAGAUUUACUGCAGUCAGAGGUGCCAGUUGUGUAUUUGUGUGGACAAGUUUACUGAAGGUACUGAAGGUAGCUACACUGGCUCAUAUUACAUACAAAAUAAACUAUUUACAACUAUUUAUUAAAAGUUCACAUAUUGAUCAUGAAGAUUUUUGAGAAUGAUUGUAACAUUUGACACAGUUAUAUUUUGUCAGUAUAUGAUCCAGGACUGUGAGGCCUCGCUGCUCCUGGACUUGAAUGAAGAUCUGCUAUAUACUGUAAUAUACUUUUGUACUUUUGUAGAAUGAGUGAAAUAAAAAAAAAGACA